CCUCUUUCUCCCUCUAUCUAUUGCCCUGCUUUCCUCCCUCAGACUCUCUCCGCAUUCUCCUCUCUCUCUCUCCUUCGCGCAGUACCAUCUGUUUCUGUUCCAUUUUGAUAGAAAGAAACGGAAUCUGCAUUGGCUGGCACAGUUGUGAGAGAGCAAGAGGAGGGCUGCUGAGUGGGAGACAGGCAGAGAUGGCUCAAAUUUCAGCAAAGCUGCUGAUUCCAGAGUCCUUUCAAGUGUCAAGAGAUGAUAUUACAGGUCAACUUGGUUUGAUUUGGGAGCUUAUCAAAGCACCAUUAAUUGUUCCUUUACUGCAACUUGGUGUCUACAUUUGCUUAAUCAUGUCACUCAUGCUAUUCAUGGAGCGUGUUUACAUGGGAAUAGUCAUUAUUCUUGUUAAGCUCUUCUGGAAAAAACCAGAGAAGCGUUACAACUUUGAGCUUAUUCAAGAUGAUGUGGAACUUGGUAGCUCAAAUUUCCCUGUGGUUCUAGUGCAGAUCCCAAUGUUCAACGAAAAAGAGGUUUACAAGAUCUCCAUUGGAGCAGCUUGUGGACUCUCAUGGCCGUCCGAUCGUCUCGUGAUCCAAGUACUCGAUGAUUCCACUGACCCUGCAAUCAAGCUAAUGGUAGAGCAGGAGUGCCUGAGAUGGGCAAGCAAAGGCAUAAACAUAACGUACCAAAUCAGGGAAAACAGAGGAGGUUACAAAGCUGGAGCCUUGAAAGAAGGGUUGAAGAGAAGCUAUGUCAAACACUGUGAAUAUGUGGCCAUUUUCGACGCCGAUUUCAGGCCUGAGCCUGACUUCCUUAGGAGAAGCAUCCCUUUCCUGGCCCGCAAUCCAGACAUUGCUCUCGUUCAAGCUCGCUGGAGAUUUGUGAACGCGGACGAAUGCUUGUUAACAAGAAUGCAAGAGAUGUCAUUGGAUUACCAUUUCACAGUGGAACAAGAAGUUGGGUCAGCAACACAUGCUUUCUUUGGUUUUAAUGGAACUGCUGGUAUUUGGAGAAUUGCUGCCAUUAAUGAGGCAGGUGGGUGGAAGGAUAGAACCACCGUGGAGGACAUGGACCUCGCUGUCCGAGCUAGUCUUAGGGGAUGGAAAUUUGUUUACCUAGGUGAUCUUCAGGCGAAAAGUGAACUUCCUAGUACUUUUAAGGCCUUCCGCUUCCAGCAGCAUAGGUGGUCUUGUGGUCCUGCUAAUCUAUUCAGGAAAAUGGUGUGGGAGAUCAUUCAGAAUAAGAAAGUGAAAUUCUGGAAGAAAGUAUAUGUUAUCUACAGCUUCUUCUUCGUCCGAAAGAUCAUUGCUCAUAUGGUCACAUUUUUCUUUUACUGUGUGGUUCUUCCGCUUACCAUUUUGGUUCCUGAAGUUAAAGUUCCUAUUUGGGGAGCCGUUUAUAUUCCUUCUGUCAUCACCAUUCUAAACUCAGUAGGAACUCCAAGAUCCAUCCACCUAUUAUUUUACUGGAUUCUUUUCGAGAAUGUGAUGUCAUUGCACCGGACUAAGGCAACAUUUAUCGGUCUCCUGGAGGCAGGCAGAGCCAAUGAGUGGGUUGUCACUGAGAAACUAGGAGAUGCUGUCAAGAAAGCAGCAGAUGCUGCUAAGAACAAGACAAAUGCCAAAGCACCCAGGAAAUUUAGAUUCAAAUUUACUGAUAGACUCAACACAUUGGAGUUGGGAUUUGCAGCAUUCCUCUUCAUUUGUGGAUGCUAUGAUUUUGUCCAUGGGAAGAACAACUACUUUGUAUACCUCUUCCUCCAAACAAUUACCUUCUUCAUCACAGGAAUUGGCUAUGUUGGCACCAUCAUCUAGUGGCAGAGUCCUGGUAGCAUUUGUGUUGGUGUAUCAGUGUUUUUCUCCCCCACAAGCAAAAGUAUUAAGUAUAAGUGGGAGUCUGUCUGCAACAUUUGACUGCAACUAUCACUUAUUUUUAGCUCAUUCAAACAGAAACAGGUCAUUCAACAUAUUCAGCACAAAAGCUGUCGCCAUCUCUCCCUCAGAAUCAUUCCAGUAAAUGGAGAAUUCACCACAAAACAAAUGCUGUUGUUAUGCCAAUAUAUUAUACAGAGUCAAGGACAAAGAAAAUGUUAAAAGAGCCUGUAGUAAAGACAACAGGGAGAUGAUGUUAUUUUCUUUGGACAGUUUGCCUGUAAUUGUGAGAUUUUUUUUUUCCUUUCUCUUAUUUAUUUUGGAUUUUUAUUUUUGGGUUUCCCAUUUGUUAGUUUUUACUCAAGCUUUUUGAAGGGAAUAAAGUGAUUGAUAGAAGGGUGAACUUGUAAUCACAGUUAAUUUAUCAAAUUCCCAGUAUUUAUAUGUUUCUGUUA